AACCGUCACGUAUAAAACGAAGAGAGGUGACAAGGAACGGGUGUUUUCUUAACGGGACGUAUUUUUUGACUGCUACGUCCUUUGAACGACCUUUGAUAAAUCAGUCAGGCCUGGAGUGUCAGUGCGGGUGAUUUUAGUGUGUAAUUUUUCGAUAAAAAAAACCUCGCCGUCGUUCAACCCCCCAAAAUGACAACCCACUGGAACUACCCCGACGCGGCGCUCCAAGACGAGCUGCGCAAAAUCGCAAACGCAAUCGUAGCGCCCGGCAAGGGUAUAUUGGCAGCUGACGAGUCCGUCGCUACGAUGGGGAAGCGGCUCGCGGACAUCGGCGUCGAAAACACAGAGGAGAACAGGCGCAAGUACCGGCAACUGCUGUUCACCACAUGCAACACCGUGGGCGACUACAUCUCGGGCGUCAUUUUGUUCCACGAGACGCUCUAUCAGAAAGCGGACGACGGUACUCCGUUCCCCGAGCUGCUUAAGCAAAAGGGCAUCAUUCCCGGCAUCAAGGUCGAUACCGGCGUCGUCCCGCUGUUUGGCAGCAACGACGAGUGCACCACACAAGGUCUCGACGAUUUGGGCAAACGUUGCGCUCAAUACAAAAAGGACGGGUGCCAUUUCGCCAAAUGGCGCUGCGUGUUGAAAAUCAACGAGCACACGCCAAGCUACCAGUCACUGAUCGAGAACGCGAACGUUUUGGCGCGGUACGCGUCCAUUUGCCAGGCGAACCGCAUCGUGCCGAUCGUGGAACCCGAGGUGCUUCCUGACGGCGCCCACAAUCUGGAACGCGCGCAAAAAGUCACCGAAACAGUGCUCGCUUUUGUCUACAAGGCGCUGCAAGACCACAAUGUGUUCCUCGAGGGCACUUUGCUGAAACCGAACAUGGUGACUAGCGGUCAGUCGCACGCUGUGAAAUUCAGCCCGGAGGACGUCGCCAAAGCGACUGUGACCGCGUUGCAGCGAACGGUACCAGCCGCCGUGCCCGGGGUUACGUUUUUGUCCGGAGGUCAGUCCGAGGAAGAGGCUUCAGUCAAUUUGGACGCAAUUAAUAAGUUUCCGGGUAAGAAACCAUGGGCCCUGACCUUCAGCUACGGACGCGCUUUACAAGCAUCGGUGCUUCGUGCCUGGCAGGGAAAAGACGCAAAUGUCAAGGCUGGGCAGGACGAGUUGUUGAAGCGGGCCAAGGCGAAUAGCGAAGCUUCUCUCGGCAAAUAUGCUGCCGGAAGCGUGGUUGGGGCCGCCGCUGGGGCGGGUUUGUUUAUCAAAGAUCACGCCUAUUAGGCAAUAAUUUUAUCCAUUUUAUGCAUGUAAAUUUAGACGUGUAAUGUAGACGCAAAAAUUAUUCAGUGUUAAACGCGAUUUUUACUUUGGAUUCCAUGGAAAUUAUAUAAAAUAUUUUUAUUUAUAAGGCGACGUGCCGAAUUUGUUGUCGUUUUCAAAAAACUUAUUUAAAUUGAAUAUAUAAUAAAUGUGUAUUUAAAAA